UUCCGUGGAGGAAGAAGACCUGGGUGAGGACUCGCCCCGUGCGCCCGUGUCGUCGCCGCCGGAGAGCUGGGGCGCCUGUAGACCGCGGAGCUCUUGGCACAGCCGUCGCCAGCAGAACAUGGCGCCGUGGACGUUCUGGCGCUGCUGCCAGCGAAGCGUGGGCUGGGUGCCGGUGAUCUUCAUCACCUUCGUGGUAGUCUGGUCCUACUACGCGUACGUGGUGGAACUGUGCGUGUUUACGAUUACUGGAAAUGGAGAAAAUGGAAAGGCCGUUGUUUACCUUGUGGCUUUCCAUAUGUUCUUUGUUAUGUUUGUAUGGUCCUAUUGGAUGACAAUUUUCACAUCUCCCGCUUCCCCCUCCAAAGAGUUCUACUUAUCCAAUUCUGAAAAGGAACGUUAUGAAAAGGAAUUCAGCCAAGAAAGACAACAAGAAAUUUUGAGACGAGCAGCAAGGGACUUACCUAUCUAUACCACAUCAGCUUCAAGGACCAUCAGAUAUUGCGAAAGAUGUCAGUUGAUUAAACCUGAUCGUGCACAUCACUGCUCAGCAUGUGACAUAUGUAUUCUUAAGAUGGAUCAUCACUGUCCUUGGGUGAAUAACUGUGUGGGAUUUUCUAAUUACAAAUUUUUCCUGCUGUUUUUAUUAUAUUCCCUAUUAUAUUGCCUUUUCGUGGCUACAACAGUUUUACAGUACUUUAUAAAAUUUUGGACGAAUGAGCUGUCUGAUACACGUGCAAAAUUCCACGUACUUUUUCUUUUCUUUGUGUCUGCAAUGUUCUUCAUCAGCGUCCUGUCACUUUUCAGCUACCACUGCUGGCUAGUUGGAAAAAAUAGAACAACAAUAGAAUCAUUCCGUGCUCCUGCAUUUUCAUAUGGACCUGAUGGAAAUGGUUUCUCUCUUGGAUACAGUAAAAAUUGGAGAGAAGUCUUUGGUGAUGAAAAGAAAUAUUGGUUACUUCCAGUAUUUUCAAGCUUGGGUGAUGGUUGCAGUUUUCCAACUCGCCUUGUGGGGAUGGAUCCAGAACAAGCUUCUGUUACAAGCCAAAAUGAAUAUGCUAGAAGUAUUGGAUCAAAUCCACCCUUUCCUAUCAAACCGCUUAGUGAAUCAAAAAACCGAUUGUUGGACAGUGAAUCUCAGUGGACAGAGACUGGAUCUGAAGAAGGCAUCGUCAGAUCAGGGACAAAUAACCAUGUUACAGUGACAAUAGAAAACUGAGUACCACUUGUUCAUAACUAACCAUUUGAAUAAGAGCAAGGUUUAUAGAAAUACAUUACGAACUGAUACUUUCAGUUUUAUUUGGAAGAAAAUGAUCAGUGGAAUGAAAUAAAGUAUAAUAGAAGAUGUAUUGGGGAAAAAAAAAUAAAGGAAACCUUUGUACAGAUCACUGUUUCCACAGAAGCACUACUCCAGAGCAGGAAGAUGCCUUAAUCUCACAUGUCCAUUUGUGCAGCAUUGACCUAUGUCUACAAAAGUGACUACAUUUUACGCUGGAAAUAAUACUUACCUUUUAUGCGAUGCCAUAAUAUGAGCCAUCAGGUCACAUGUUUAACACAUGUAUUUCUUUGAUACUCAAGUUACAUUAUUAGAGUUAUUUCUUAGUGUACAUUAUAAGUUUUCACCCCAAGCUAAAAACUUGUCUAAGUGAGUCUGUCUCGGACAGUGUGGUAACUGAAAGUGGGUAAUAAUAUCCAAAUACUAUUGUUUAUACUCUAUAAGGAAAAAGAAAUAACUGCUUUUUUUACUGGGUGUUUGCUAAUUUAUAAUUACUGUUUUAUACUUUCAACAUUUUUAAUAAUUUUUUAUUGUUGGCUAUAAAAUAACAUUCAGAAGGACUCAGAUAUCUAAAUAUAAUCAUAUAAACCAUAGAGCACAUUUGUAUAAUUCAUUAAAGGCUGAGUUAUAAUCAUUAAUACAACCAUUUAGUCUAUUGUAUACCCAAGGCUUAAAGGAAACUUGGCAGUAAUAAGGAAUAUUUGGGGUUCUCUUUACUUUUUAAUUACUUUUUUGUUGCAUUUUCAAGGGUAUUUAUACAGGCAGGGAAACACAAAAGUACAUGUUCUACACAAAUAUUGACACAGUAGGAAUAGGGAGAAGUGGCUAGAAGAAGGGUAAAGAGAAAGAUAGGCAGGAUAUUGUUAAGUUGUUAAAAAAAAAAUUUUCAUUCCUAAAGGUAUUUAGAAUGUAACAUGCUGUUGAGUUUAUUUACUGUUUCUUUCAAAUUUUAAAGUAAUUACUGAAAAUUACGUUGAAACUUUUUACAGUAAUCCUGUAAUAGCUUAAACAGUGAUAUAAAAUGCAAUUGGAACUAGGGGAAAGACUUUAGAAUAAUACCACUCUCAAGGAAGAAAUUUUUAUAACCUGAAUAGUCUUUUAAACGCUUCCAGUCACUGAAAAGUAGAUUCCACUCUUAAAUGCAGAAUUUCACAUCUGACUUCUCUCAGAGCAGCCCCUUUCUGCCUAGAUAACAUCUCCUUUUAAAAUCUAGUAUGAGUGGUAGGAAUUAUUGCCUUGAUUCUAAAGAAAAAUAUAGUGUCUUUUCAAAGAGAAACAAUGUAGACAUGUUAUUCCUCAUUGCUACUCUUUAGUCAAGUACAGUUCCUCAUUUAUACUGUUUAAUCAAACACAAACCAAAAUAAUUGAUUGCUUCCAGCAGAUGAGUAGAGAUAAAUCUUAACCAGCAUGUCUGUAAGUAUCAAAGACUAUAGUUUCCUUACCUGUAAAAGUAGGUGUGGGGAGGAGGCGGGGGAGGGCUGUUGUGAAAGACGGAUGACUUCUAACAUUCUGUGAUUUCUAAUUUUCCAAAAUAAUUACUUUUCAUUCAUCCAACAAAUAUUUUUGGAGUACCUUCUAAAUGCCAAACAAUAUAGAAGGCAUAGCUCUAUAAUUUCCUAAUGUAACAGAUUUUAUAGCUAACUCUGCCCAGUGUAGUUUCUAGAAUUUGUCUAAUUCCAUUGGCUAUACAAACAUUAGAUUUUAAGAGAAAAUAACUUUUUUCCCUUUGAACCAAAGGAAUGAGUUAGCUUUUAAAGUCUAGUUUGGAAUACUACCUUUGUUUUAACUCUUUAGUCAUAUUAAUUUUGAUUCUAGAAAACUUAACGUAUGAGCUUAAGAGAUGUGAGUUACCAACCAAAAACAUCACUUCAGUUUGGCAGUUUCCAGGUUUCCAUAAUAUAAGGAAACAGUAAAUGUUUAAACUUGCUUAACCACUGUCAGAAACUUUCUCCUGGUACUUUUGUGUAUGUUUCUACAUUUAGUGCAAAGGCUCUGCGUGUACUUGGUUAACAACUGAGGAAACAUUAUUUCCCCUUUAACCUGGCAGGCACUUGUAUGGUAUUGUAAUAUUUCUCAAUUCUUUUAAUUUCUAUUAUUUAACAUAAUCUUUAAUAGCAUAGUACACACCUUUUAAAGCUUUUUCAAUUAAAACCUUUUACUUUAGUUACCUUUGAUUUAAUUUAUGGCCAACGUUUUGCUGAAUUAUAAAUAAUAUUUGGCUGGGUUGGUUCGUGCAUGUUGGUGCCCAUUCAGCAAGCGGGCCUGCUGGUGGUAAGGGAGUCAGAGAAAGGCUGCCUCUUUGAUAGUUCAACUGAUAUUGAUUAUUGCUAUCAACUAUUUGGGGAGAAAAGGUCAAACUGAAGCCCUGUCAAAGUUUAUAAGUACUAUCUUUUGUCUUUCAAGCACUUGAACAUUUGUGAUGCCAUUUAAGGAAAAUAAAGUUGAAUAUCCCGUCUUGCUAUUGCCAUUAAAAACAAAUUUAGGAGACUUGGUUUAUGUGGGUAUGAAUGUACUUGAGUAUUCUGAACCUGAAGCAUCUGACCA